GUUUUUAAUGUUUUCUUCUUGCUUGUGUUUUGACCGUUGCUUUUUUUUACCCCCCUCUCAACGUCUUUCUCUGUUCACACACACACACCCUUCUCUCUCUCUGAUUCCCUCUCCACUAUUCAUCAUCAAAAACACCCUCUUUUUCCUUCACUGCUAUGUUUCUUCUCCCUUCUAAGCUUCCAUAACCAAACCCAACGUGAACAUGCUUUUGUUUUUUUCCUUCCUGAAAAUGGGUUUAUGAUUUCUUUAUGAAUGUGGUGAGGCAUAGAGAAAGAUUCCCCUUUCGUUUCAAUUUCAAUGCAAGCUUGAGACAUUCAUUCAUAGGGGAAUAAGGAGGAAGAGAUGGGAUGUUCACAUUCAAGGCUUGAUGACGAAGAAGCAGUGCAGCUUUGUAAAGAUAGGAAAAGGUUCAUCAAACAAGCUGUUGAACAAAGAACCCUAUUUGCCACAGGACACAUAGCGUACAUAGAAUCUCUGAAGAGAGUUUCAGCAGCACUUCGUGAUUACAUUGAAGGUGAUGAGCCUCGUGAGUUCUCAUUGGACUCAGUUAUCACCCCACCAUUCACACCUGUCAAGAGAACUACCCCUGCCUUCAUUCCCAUAUCAGCAAAACCCUUCACACCAACAACGGCAAUUGAGUUUGGUGUUGGACCAAACUCUACUUUGAAAGUGAACUACCUUAGGCCAGGUGGUAAUCCUGCAAUUUCAGUUGAGGAAAGGCCUCAGUCACCUGAAAUGGUUCGGGUGGAGACAUAUCCUCCAAUGCAGCACUAUGGCAUUGAUGGAUUCUUCAACAUGCAAUCAUCACCUGCGAACCCCUCAAUUUUUGCUUACUCUCCCAAUAAUAGGCCCAACAUCCCUCCCUCUUCACCUCAGGCUUCUCAGUGGGACUUCUUUUGGAACCCCUUUUCAUCAUUGGACUACUAUGGUUAUCCUGCAAGGAGUAGCCUUGAGCACGCUGCUAUGGAUGAUGAAUACAAAGGACUUAGGCAGGUUAGAGAAGAAGAGGGAAUACCUGACUUGGAAGAAGAUGAAACUGAGCAAGAAUACUAUGUUGGGAAGAGAAAUGUAGCAGAAGAAAGAACUAGAAAUGAUGUAAAUUCUUCCAAAGAAGAAGUCAUUGUUGAAGAUGUUGAUGAUGAGGAUGAGGAUGAGGAUGAGGAGGAGGACGACGAGGAGGAAGAGGAAGAGGAGGGAACAGACAUUGAAAUUGAAAAUAAAACAGACCUUGGAGCUAAUAAUUCACAAGCUCAUGGUAGUGUAAGUUUUGAUGUGUCAAAAGCUCAAACUGCAGGUCAUGUUGAGUCCAGCCAUAGAGAAAUGGCAGUUGGUAAACAAGAAGCUAAGGAUGAAACACCAGGCUUUACUGUUUAUGUAAACCGAAGGCCAACAAGCAUGGCAGAAGUGAUCAAUGAUCUUGAAGCUCAAUUCACAAUUGUUUGCAAUGCAGCCAAUGAUGUCUCGGCAUUGUUAGAGGCCAAGAAAUCUCAGUAUUUAUUGACAUCUAAUGAACUAUCAGCAUCAAAAUUGUUGAACCCGGUAGCUUUGCUCCGCUCUGCUUCUUCACGCUCUUCGUCAUCAAGAUUUUUAAUGAAUAAUUCAAGCACUAGAAAGGAAGGUUGUGAUGGAACUAAGGAUCUCUCUGAGGAACAUUGUAUGUUAUCCGGUAGUCACCAAUCCACAUUGGACAGAUUAAAUGCAUGGGAGAAGAAGCUCUAUGAGGAAGUGAAGUCUGGAGAACGUGUCCGAAUUGCUUAUGAGAAGAAAUGCAAGCAACUCAGGAACCUUGAUGUAAAAGGAGAGGACCCCUCCUGUGCAGAUAAAACAAGAUCAGCUAUUAGAGAUCUAGACACCCAGAUAACAGUUUCAAUACACUCAGUUGAAGCUAUUUCAAGGAGAAUUGAAACUCUAAGGGACGAAGAGUUGCAUCCCCAACUUCUUGAAUUGGUGCAAGGGCUAGAAAGGAUGUGGAAAGUGAUGGCAGAGUGUCAUCAGACACAGAAGAGAACCUUAGAUGAAGCUAAGAUUCUUCUAGCUGGCACCCCUUCUAAAUCACAUGCCAGAAAGCACUCUUCCAUUUCAAUGACUGAUCCAAACCGGCUUGCACGUUCAGCCUCGAAUCUCGAAUCCGAGUUAAGGAACUGGAGAAACACCUUUGAGUCAUGGAUCACUUCUCAAAGAUCCUACAUUCAUUCAUUAACUGGAUGGCUUCUUAGGUGUGUGAGAUCUGAGCCUGAUGCAUCAAAGCUACCAUGCUCUCCUCAUAGGUCCAGUGGCACUCACCCUUUAUUUGGACUGUGUGUUCAAUGGUCAAGACGUUUAGAUGCCAUACAUGAAAAAGCAGUGCUUGAUGGCUUAGACUUUUUUGCAGCUGGAAUGGGGUCCCUCUAUGCACAUCAAUUAAGAGAAGAUUCUAGGAGAAACUCAUUUGGAUCAAAACAAAGUUAUGGGAAUAUGGAAAUGGUGGAAGUUGGUGAGGUGGAAGAUGUGGUAAUGGCUCCAGAGAAACUAGCUGAAGUUGCUAUUAAGGUUCUUUGUGCUGGAAUGUCUGUUGCUAUUAGCUCACUGGCAGAGUUUUCUUUGGAUUCUGCUGAAGGGUACAAUGAAGUUGUUAAGCAAUGGGAAAAUGUCAAGUGUCAACAACAUACUUCUAGUGAGGCUAGAACAUCAUAGAUGUCUCACAUUUUGUGUGCUUAGUUGAUUAGUUUAGGCUUGUUUAGCAAUGAGUGUCUGACAAUGUAAUUAUGUUAACUAAUCAAUACAAAGGUAGUAUAGCAUGGGCAAUUGCAC